GAAAACUUCACCAGUUCGGUUAAAUUAGGGUUUUACAGGUUCUUCUUGGCGGCAACACAUCCUUUGCGAUGGCGAAAUCGAAGGGAUCAAGGAAAGGGAAGAAAGCAUGGAGAGCCAAUAUAAGCACAGAAGAUAUCGAGGAUUUCUAUGAGAAAUCUAGCAAAGACGCUCUUUCCGGUGGUUCUCUAACCGAAGUCCCUAGCGAUUCUCUGUUCUUCGUGGAUAAGUCCAGAGAUCUUUCCGUCAAGCGUAAAAUCGAUAAACACAGAGAGAAGAUCCUUCGUGUUGAUAGCAUACUACAGAAAAACUCGUUUGUACAACCUGUACCCUCUUCAAAUCAGAAAAACUUCUUUAAAAAACGGAAAAUGAUUCAGAGGUCAGACGAUUCUUCUCAGAAAGAUGGCACCACAGAUACCGGCAUAGUUGAUAUCUGGGAUGAUAAAGAUGAGCGAACUUUUAAGGCAAGAAAGGUCUCUAAUAAGAUUAUUGUGAUUCCUGCUGUGGAAGUAGAACCACCUGGAUGCUCAUACAAUCCAUCAUCUGAAAGUCAUCAGGAUUCAUUAGCUCAUGCAGUUGCAGAUGAAAUGCAGAAGAUUUACACUAAAGAACUACGCCCUACACCUGUUCCAUUAACUGUUCCUGGAGAAGCCAUUGAUGAGGAAGAUAUGUAUUUUCUUGAUGCGGACAAAGAGAGUGAUGGUGAUGAUGAUGAUGAUGAGCAAAAUGUUGAUGAAGAUCUUGAAAAAAGGCCAUUUAAAACUAAAAGGGUAACACGAGUAGUUUUGAAUAAGAGGAUUAGAAAUAAAGAAAAAUUGAAGAAGCAAGCAGAAGCUAAAAAGACAAAGGAGUUCACUAAAGAGCUUGACAGCUUACCAGAUAUAAUUGAUGAAAUUGCCAAAGAGGAUGAAGAAAAAAGCAAGAGACAUGAAAGGCGUGCAAUUGCCAAAAAAGAAAGACUAAAAUCAUGUCCACCACGUCUAGGGAGACACAAAUUUGAGCCUGCGCCUGUUCAAGUGCUGUUAUCUGAAGAAAUCACUGGUUCUUUAAGGAAACUCAAGGCAUGUUGCACGCUUGCUAGAGACAGAUACAAGAGCCUUGAGAAAAGAGGAAUAAUUGUGCCUACUGCUAAGAGUGGCAGGAAAUAAAAGGAAGUCUUGUUUUUUAUUUUAAUUUGUUCCUCAAUCAGAAUCCUCAUUACAUUGUUGAUUAUAGCUCUUUAUAACAAAUAUGGAGUUGUGUUUUUCGUUUUUGGUUUUCUUCAAAACCAUAGGAUGUAUUUAUAGGAUGGAUUUUUGCUAUACUUUAUUCCUCCUAAACAUACAACACUUUUUUUUCAAACAUGCAUA